GAGAAGACUACUUGGCACCAUGGCUAUGUAGCAUUACAUAUAGAUCGAUUCAAUGGUACUAGUCGGCGUUUGGUCCUUCGAAGAAUCGCGCACAUGAUAUGAUAAUAGGAUGGGCGCCGAGUUGAGAACCCCAACACGCACUCUGAUCUCACAGCAUUUUCGAAUCGGAUAACAUUCACAUGAUUGAAAACCGGUGCGUGAGAGGAAAAGGGUUUGGGGCUCAUCACCGCACAACAAUGAUAUCGAUUAGUAUGGUGAGUCCGUUGAUCACAGCAUACUAGGAAGUUCGUUUCAUUGGGCGAGCCCUUUUAUAGACAGUAUAUAAUUGUAGCAGCCUCAGCUUCAGCUUCGAUCGCUGACGCAACCCUACUAUCGACUCAGAUGGCUAAUAUCCUUGCUCGUUACGAUUUAGAACAGUUCAAAUGGAAGCCUUUCAAAGGUGAAGGCGCCCGAAAUGGAUGCGCUCGCCCUCUUGGAGGCGUUGAGCAUGUCCAGGAUAUCAUGAACCGCCAUCUCAAGGGUGACCAAACGUUGUUCUUCGGAGUCAUUGUUGACCUGCACAAGCCCGUGAGCAUCACCAAGCUCGGUUCUUCCGCUCAAGAAUGCUGGUGCUGGCUCCGGUUCCAAAUUCCUACCGUUGCGUCAUCCAUAAAUGGAUCUGAUCAUGAGCUGCCCACGUUAACCUAUACAACCGCAAGUCCGCAAGAGAUUAGCCGGUGGGCGGAGCGCACUCUCAUUGUCCAUUCACCCUCACAUAUCGACCUUGAACAAUUGCGGGCCAACGAGGGUCCAAAGAAGAUCCCUUCGUCUGACGGAGAUCAUACAUGGUUGCACCUUGUCCCUGGCGAAAUUGCCAACGACAGAGUCUCCAAAUUUGGUCUGCUGUUCCACACCCAUCACUCACCGUUUGAUGGCGCGGGCUUAAAGAUCGUCACAAAUCGCUAUCUCACACAAUUGGCGAAUGUGCUCUCUGACUCCUACAGCGCGCCCGAAGUUCUUGAAUGGGGAAAUGAGCUGGGAAAUCUCCCUCCGGCAGCCUACAACAUCCUAAACUCCAACGAACCCCUUCCUAUUUCACCAGACUCGCCGGAGGAACCUUCCUUUGACAACGAGUACUACAAGUCCUUUGGAACUGUUCUCGCUGGCUUCGGCGCCGCGGCGAAGGACACAUACGGAUUUAGAGAUCGCCCAAAAGACACAGAGUGGCCGACGACGCGUCGCGCCGAAGUCCUCUUCACGAAGGAAGAAUCAGAAAGAAUUCAAAGUGCCUCGAAGGUCUCUGGGUUCACACUUACACACCUUGCCCAUGCUGCGUUAGCAAUGGUCGUCAUAGCUGAUAAUCCACCCACUUCGGCGUCUUCUUCCCACUACUUGAACAACGUGUCUAUGGCGAAUUUCCGAGGACGGUUGGAUCCAAUCAACUCGCUGCAUCCAGGCUAUAUCCUUGGUGUUUUAAUGGCCAGGAUUCCGGUGUCAGCAUUCUUGGCCCCAGACGGAAGUGUCUUCCCAUUAGAUAAGGACCUACUUCUACAGGUGGCAGCUAUAGCCAAGGAACAGUAUCGAGCCCACACAGAAUUGCCCGCUGCGUUGAGUUGCAUGCCGCAGGUUGGUGAAGUAUUCGCCUCGGCCUAUGUGCCAGCUGCAUCUGCAAACAUGCUGCCAUCCAACCAGUGUUACUCAUUUUCCAGUGACGGCAAAGGAGAAAACUACAUGAAUCACACUUUUGCGGAUGACAAUGGGAAACCCCUCCUUUCGAUUGCCAAGUUCUUUACAUCUUUGAAUAGAUUUGAUCCCGGCCCAUUCUUUCGUCUCUCCUCUUGGGGGGGCGUGAUCGAUCUGGGUGCUGAUUACAAUUCUAAUAUUGUGACGACGGAGGAUAUGAUGAAUUACUUGAAUCUAUGGAAGAGCUUUUUACUUCUGGUCCUUGACUAACACUUGUAACUGAAUAUUAACGAUAUCCUGCCUUCAUUGCCAUGUUAUAUCAUUAGGAACUAGAUGAGCAAUAUGACUUGAAAACGGCCCCCAGGGAUGAAGGAAUUGCAAUGAGUAUCAAAUGUCCCACUAGAAUUAUUAAGAGAGUGGGCACUUAAGCAUUCUGCGCCGAUGUGACUCAGUGAGAAAAUUUACAUGACAGAGGUAAAG